CUUCUCGAAACCCUCGGCGGAGAUGUUGCCGCCACCGCCGCCGAUCAUGAUCCCAUCAGCUGUGAUGAUGCCACGGAAGGCCGGAGGAAGAAAUCGCGCCUUAUUUCCAUGCUCGACGAGGUUUACAGAAGAUAUAAGCAAUACUACCAGCAGAUGCAAGCCGUGGUUACAACAUUUGAAUACGUUGCAGGGCUUGGGAACGCAGCUCCCUACGUGAACUUAGCCGUAAAAUCCAUGUUCAAGCACUUCAGGUUCUUAAAGAACGCCAUUGCCGACCAGCUCCAGUUCAACAAGCAGCAGCAGCAGCCGUACAGCCCAUAUUGCCAAAGAUCCAUUCACAACAAUGCCGCAUUCCUCGACCACCAACCCGUGUGGCGGCCGCAGCGGGGCCUCCCCGAGAGCGCUGUCACCGUCCUCCGGGCGUGGCUCUUCGAACACUUCCUCCAUCCUUAUCCUACGGACACCGACAAGCUCAUGCUAGCCAAUCAGACAGGUUUGUCGCGGAGUCAGGUAUCGAACUGGUUUAUCAAUGCAAGAGUGAGGCUUUGGAAGCCAAUGGUGGAAGAAAUCCACAUGCUUGAAACAAGGCAAGCUCAGAAAUCUCAGCAGAGAGAACCCAAUGGCAAUGCCUUAAACAACGAUACCACAAACGAAUCCUUGAAACAAGACCACAACAACAAUAAUGCUAAUGCAUCUUCUUCAAACCACGACGACGACCACCACCCAGUACUGGACUUGUCCAACCCAAAUAUCUUUCCAUCCCACCACCCCCACGCGGCUGCCGGAGCUGCCACCCUUGGUGGUGGCGGCGGCACCGUUUCCUUAACUCUCGGCCUCCACCAGAAUCAUGGCCACAGCGGCAUCGCCCUCUCGGAGCCGUUCCCGAUCAAUACAGCUCAGCAUUUUAACCUUGGGUUAGAGGCCAACGGUGAAGGGUUUGUAAACGAGUGGUUUUGAAUUUAUGUUGGCUGAAGAUGUUCGUUUUGGAUCAUUGGACAGCUAGCUGUUAAUUCCCAGACAGUAUACUGACAAAUUUUGAGCUACAUGUAAGAAUUUUAUAAUCCAGCUGAUAUUGGAUUGGAGGGUUAGCCAAAUUUGUUGUCCCUGACCUGUAAUAUUAUUGUUGAAUUACUCUUUCUGACAAGGCUGCGCCUACAAGCAAUAUAUAUAUAGCAUAAAGUAUUCAAUAUGUAAACUUUCUGAAGUUGCAAACUUUGUACCUUGGGGGAAAAAAUUUACACAAGAAAUUAGUGUUAUUGGCAUUCAAGGAGUGAUAGAUAAUCAGUUUGAUGAUGAGUGUGAUCACUGCUGGGUUUGUUCUUUGUCUUGUUCGCUCAAGAGACAUCUCCUAUCUUCGAACUCGGGCUCGAGGAGAAGAUGACGGUUGUUUAAGCCUUGCCUUAUGUUCACUAUGAUAGUCUAUAGCUGUAGUCUAAAGUUAAAUAUGUUAGAUAGACUUCUGAAUUUGUGAUCAUUUGGUUGCGUAUUUUGUGAUGUUGAAUUUGAAAGCUUUUAUAUAGCGAAGUAA